AUUUUAUUGAAUUCAUAUCUCUCUCUGUCUCUAGCUCUGUCUCUUUCUCUCCCAAACCAAAAAGCUUAGUUUCCAUCCCUAAAGAUCGAUCAAAAACUCUUCAUGGCCGUUCGUCUAAUUCCGACCAUCUGGCUCUUUGUAGUCAUCGCCGUCAUCGUCUCAGCCUUGCCUUCGCCGGUCUCUUCAAGAAAGCUGUUGGAGAUGAAGAAACAAGAUAACUUGACGGUGAGAGAGGAAGAGAAGAGUCACAUGCCUCACGUGACCAAAACUAGUACUUUAACCGCCCUGCCAAAGGGCAAAAUCCCAAACUCCUCGACGCCGAGCAAAAGAGGUCACGCCGAAGUCUUCGCCGGAAAACUCCGCUCGCGGCAUCUCUCCACCGUUGAACGGUUUCUCCAAUCCGUUCCUAGUCCCGGCGUUGGCCAUUGAUAGUCGUCGGCCACCUAGACUCAUAUUUCAUUUUUGGUUUCUCAAUUUAGUACAUUCAUUUAUUCUAACAUACGAAAUUCCCUACGAAGUAGAGAGACAUUUAUUUUAGGAUAUUGCAAAUGUUUUUAUUUUCUUGAAAAAAAUACAUUUUUUGUUUGUUUUCAGGUUACUAUACAAUUAUACUUAUGUAAAUUGGUCGAAAAGAUUAUUGUUUAAUA